AUGGCAUCGUAUCACCGAGUUCUUCAGGUUCACGGCCGGUCUGUCAAGCAGAAGAGCAUUGAAUGCGAUUACGAUAUACAUCCUUGGGACAUCCUGAUCAACGGCGAGAGGUGGGCCGGCAAGGUUCGACUGGUGGGGUUCGUUGACUCCUUCUACCUGCUCUGCUACUCGGGGCAAUCCAAGUUCGAACAUGGCAUUGUCGUGUACAAGCCUCUGAAGUAUUUCCAGUUCGAAAGCGAGAAGGGCGGGCUUGACUACAGGAUCACCAGCCUCGGCCAUACAGUCAGCCUGAAGACCCAAUAUCCCACAUCGUCCUUGAAGAAAUAUGAGAUCAAGCUCCGGAAAGGCAGAGACCCGGUCAUGAAGAAGCGGAUCAGACGUGGAGUCAAGCAGCACGACCUGUGGGAUCUGAUCCAUGAUUCUAUCCGGAUAGGCAUUAUCACGCAGGCCCAGCUGAUGGGGAUGAUCAUCGGCAAAACCUACGGAGGGUCAGUCUUAGAAGACGUUACCAACAAGUAUUUCGAUGGGCUUGCUGGCGCGAGCGGAUCCAAAAACCUGUCCCUGUCAGGCGAGAGGAUGUAGAAAAGCGAGCGGGGUGCGUGAAAAUUUCGCUGGAACCAUCAUGUUAAGGUUGUAUUGGCGGGAUUCAGAAUCAGAAGGGAGGUCCAGUUUGAAUCUACGGAACCUUAAUACUGCCAGUAGCUCUUUCCCCGUGCUUUUGCCUCCGCUUCCAGGUC